CAGACUUUAACAAAAUGUGACGUUGAAUGUGAACUAGUUCCUGAUAAUGUUUGUUUAAUUUUUAUUUUACUUAGAACCAGUGGUUAUCAGCAAAGUCUUUGGUUAUCAGCAACGGGCUGAUAAUGCUUGAGACGUAACUGUUUAAGUACUGUUUGCGCGAACCGCAAAAGAUUCCUCUUAUCGAUUUGAAAGUCCUCCAUCAUGGCUGAAGGUAACACAUAUGAGUACGAAUCGGAAUUCCUUACUGAAAUUAUUAAGGAGGCAGAAGAAUCUGGCCAAUGGAUAAAAUUCGAUGCAUCAGUGGAGGACAUUAAUGAAUUAGAUACGUUUCUACAAAAUUAUAAGCCAUCCGUUUUGAAAAGAUCAGAUGGCAUCGCGUGGAUCUGUGUACGGUGGCCACAUCGUAACUGUAACGCUGAAAUGCCAGCAUUGGACGAAUUGCUAGAGGACUGGGAAGCAAAGCAAAAUUCUAGCCAGAAAAUCACAACCAACACCAUAUUUGAAAUGGCCAAGAAAUAUACUUGCCUCAGUGGGAAAUGGCUCAUUCAGAAGGAAACUGGAAUUAAGAUCGACCUCACUUGGGCUACUAUUGCCAGGGCAGUGGCAUUAGGCCAGUGUGGCCACUCUGCAAAAGUGAGUCCUGUUGAUGACGUGACUGGAGCCUUUCAACGGAAGCAUGUGGUGUGUGUUUACAACCGUGACUUUACUGACCGCAGUGCUGUGGAGAAACUUGACAACAGCAUCAGGAAUGCAGGGGUUAAGUGCACCAUGACAUAUAAACCUGAUAUAUAUACUUACUUGGGUAUUUAUAGAAAUAAUAAGUGGGGGAUAAAGCCAACAAUUUAUUCAAGUCAGUUUGACCUUAUGUCAGGGAAAUCCAAGAUAGCCAAAACUUAUUAAGACAACUCCAAAGAAUCCAAAUCAAUCUUGUAUAUCUUUAGGAAAAACUAUGACACACCAAAGAUGCUAUGUAAUCUUCCAACUACAUGGCUUCUCCAUAUUUUCCUUGCCCUUAAAGUAUUUGUUGGAUAAUGUCCUUAUUGCCACAUUCUACACCUCAACAAUCUGUUUUGAUUCUACCAGACAGUAUUAUUGCUUGUACACCUGCAUGUCCACACUACUGUAAAACAUGGCAUAAACACUUUUCAGCUACUUAUCGCAUAUACAAUAUCGCAAACUGUUUGAGAACACAUCAGUAAUCGCAAGUAGAGAAUUUACUUUGGCAAAUGCUGGAUAAUUAUACAAAGCACUGGUUAGAUACCAAUAAGUCCUUUUACUUGGAUUCAACCAGUCUUUGAAGUCUGUGCGAUAAGCUGCUGAUGUGUGUUUAUGACAUAUUUUACUGUAGUAUGGAUGCAGCCUAAUGAGUACAGGAUUGUUAUACGUAUACACAUAGUUAGCUAUAUGCAACCAACCAAACAAAACAAAAUCUUAAAGGUACAUUGACAAAAAAUAUGUGAAGUCUGUGAUAUAGUUCAUAUUGCAUUAGGAAUAGGAUGGUAGAUGGUAAAUAAUAAAACAUAUUGGUUUCUCCACCAAGAAACAAUAAUGGUCAUUAAGAUAAAAUGUUAAGUAGGGGAGAGUGGGGCACAUUGAACAUAUUUUUGUGAUUCUCUCGCUCUACGAAAAUUUUUCUGGAACAUUUUGGUCUAGUACUUAUCAUAAAAAAGUUCUACCAUUACAUUAGGCUAAUUAUUCUGUGAAGCACAUGGGGUUCUUAAAAUCUCUUGGAGGUGUACUUUAAGGUUAAAAAAACAAAUGCCAAAUUGGUUCAAUCUGCCCCAUAGGUGGGGUACAUUGAACAUACCUAAGGGCAGCAUAAUCCAUGUUACUUAUAGAAGGAAGUAGAAGUACAAUUUGUUUAUUUGUGUAAAUGUAGGCCUAUUCAUUAGUUCCAUGUAUAUAAAUAGAGAUAAAAUAUCCUCUUUGGUUUCACAAAAUCCUAACACAAACUUUUCUUUGGGUUCAUUAAGCUAAUUUCUUAUGGAUAAGCUAUUCUACAAUUAAGCUAACAAGAUCUGCCAUCUUUGGCAUGGCUCUUUUAUAAUGGGAUUUAUAAAUCACACAUCUUUGGCAUGAAACUGUAAUAAUUGGGUUUAUGAAUCUCACUUGAGAUAAAUCACUAAACAAUUAUGGUAAAGAAAUAAUUAUCUGUCCUCAGGCGGUCGUGCAAGCGGUUCCGGUCUCCCAGGUCGGUAAGCCUUCGACAUCUAAGGCUCAACCGCGGCAACAGUUUGUCCUAGUACAAACUCCACCGGCUUAGCAGCCUUCGACCUCGACAGCCAUAGUGACCUCCCCAGCCUUCAACCCCGCCUACGAGUUGUGAGACGCAUUUCGUGGCUACAAUAGGCAUGCCGGAAGUAGCAGGGCCAGAGGUGGCACCCGGCUACGAGGCGGACCAAGAGGUAGAGGCUUCCGCGGAGGCAGAGGUAGCAGACCUGCAGCCAGCCAGUGAGAACCCACAGGUGGGAGGGAGAUUAUAUCUCUUCCGGGACCAUUGGACCUUCAAUCCAUGGGCCCACAGUAUAGUCUCAAAAGGUCUGGGGUGGAAAUGGGAGAAAGGGCCCCCUCCGCCAGUCAGUUUUUACCAGAUGCCAACGGCGGACCUUAUAGGCUAUACCAAAGAUCUCCUGCAGAAGAGUCUAUAAAGAAAGUAAAACGCCUAAAGUUUCAAGGACGUCUGUUCAGUGUCCCAAAGAAGGACUCAGACAAAAGAAGAGUUGAUUCUGGACUUGUCCCGUCUCAACUCAUAUAUUCAUUGCGACAGAUUUCGCAGACGGACCUCUAUAGAUCUUACAGACGCUUACUAUCAUGUUCCGAUAGCAAGGAACUACUCUCCGUACCUAGGCUUCAAGCUAGGAAAGCAGGCUUACUCAUUCAGUCAUGCCAUUCGGGCUCAACAUUGUGCCCAGGGUAUUCACCAAACUAGGAGAGACAAUAGUUCAAGAACUAAGGACUCGAGGGGUAGUGUUAGUAGCCUAUCUAGACGACUGGCUCAUUUGGGCAGCCAUCAUCGACGAGUGCCGCAAAGCAACAGCCAAGGUGAUAAAAUUCUUGGAAUUUCUGGGUUUCCAGAUAAACAGGGAAAAAUCUCUGCUCGUUCCGGCUUCCCGCUUCCAAUGGCUGGGAAUCCAAUGGGACCUAAUCAAGCACAAGCUCUGUCUCCCACCCAAGAAGGUCAAGGAGAUAGCGAUGGCUACGAAACAGUUCCUCAAGAACAAAAAGGCUUCUUGGCGUACCCAAGAGAGAAUCCUAGGUUCGCUACAUUUUGCGUCGGUGACGGACGUCCUAUUGAAAGCCACAUUGAAGGAUAUCAAUCGAGUCUGGAGAAAGAGAGCCAACAUCAAUCUCAGGGACAAGAUCUCCGUAAUUGCACCCAUUUUGACAAAAAGGCUUCGUCCAUGGACGGAACGCCGGAACCUGGCCAAGUCAGUACCACUGCAAUUCCCUCUGCCGUCUCUAACCAUCCACACGGACGUAUCUCUGAGCGGCUGGGGAGGAUACUCGCAAUACAAGAAAGUUCAAGGAACAUGGUCGGAUAUGUUCCACCAGUUCCACAUCAAUUUUCUAGAAGCGAUGGCAGUUUUCCUGACCCUAAAGCGACUGUCUCAGCCAGAAACAGUCAUAUAUGGCUAGUCUCGUACAGUUUAGUAGUAGUCCACUACAUAAACAGAGGAGGCUCCAGGUCAAGCAAACUAAAUCAUGUAUUGAUUGCGAUAUUUUCGUUGGCGGCGAAAAAUCAUUGGCACCUGUCAGCAACUCACUUGGCAGGAGUAAAGAAUGUUAUCGCAGACGCACUUUCCAGGACAACUCCGCUGGAAUCGGAGUGGUCCCUGGACAGGAAGUCGUUCCGGUGGAUUUGCAAUCAAAUCCUGGAUCUUCAAGUAGACCUAUUCGCCACGGAAUCCAAUCACAAACUACCAUGUUACGUGGCACCCAACCUGGACCCUCUAGCUUACGCCACAGAUGCGAUGUCCAUAGAUUGGAACAAUUGGCAGAAGAUUUACCUAUUUCCAGCGGUGAAUCUUCUGAUGAAGGUCCUGCACAAGCUAAGAUCUUUCACAGGACAGGUAGCAUUAGUGGCACCCAACUGGCCAAGGAGCAACUGGUUUCCGCUUCUUCUAGAACCGAAUCUCCGGCCCAAACGGAUCCCCGUCCGGAACUGACACAGGUAGUACAAACUCAAGACUGUGUCAGCUUCCUCAAGAAUUCUGAGUGCCCUAACUUUAUGGACUUCAUGAAGUUUGCAGCCCAAAAGGACGCUAGUAUUGAUCCACUUAACAUCUUAUUCAUAGAAUCAGAUAAAAGAGAAUCAACGCUCAGGCAGUAUGAUUCAGCAGUAAAGAAGUUGGCCAUUUUUCUAAAAGAUUCAGCUGCUCAAAAUAUGACUACAAAUCUGGCAAUUUCGUUCUUUAGAACUCUGAGAAAGGCCUAGCCGUUAGUACCAUUACUACGAUCAAAUCGGCCUUAAGGAAGACUUUUCAGCUUGGCUUUAAUAUUAACUUGUCAGAUUCAUACUUCUCUUCGAUUCUAAGAGCAUGUGCCCGUCUGAGACCAAUAGACCACCCUCAUAAGGUCUCUUGGAUUUUGAAUGACUUACUUAAAUUAGCCUCAGACACUGAUAAUGAGUCAUGCUCAUAUAUAACCCUUCUCAGAAAGACCUUAUUCUUAAUGGGCCUGGCUUCAGGUGCCAGAAUAUCUGAACUCUCGGCUCUCUCUAGAAAUCCAGAUCAUAUUGAAUUCCUCCCGUCGGGUGAAGUAUUACUAUCCCAGAUCGGAAGUUCUUGGCUAAGAACGAGGACCCACAAAACAGAUGGGCUCCAUGGAAAAUUAUUCCUCUGACACAGGACUCAUCAUUGUGUCCUGUCGUUACCCUUAAAUCCUUUUUGGCCAGGACUUCUGAAAAAUCUUCAGGCCCCCUUUUCAUUAGAGAGAAAGGUGGUACGAUUUCUCUUAAAGGUAUUAGACAACAAAUACUCUACUUUAUUAAACAGGCCAGCCCGGAUUCAAUCCCACACGUCCAUGACAUCCGAGCAGUGGCUACCUCCAUUAACUAUUUUCACAAUAUGAAUUUUGAAGACCUGAAGAAAUAUACAGGUUGGAAAUCUCCAGCAGUAUUUAAACGCCACUAUCUCAAAAACUUUGAGGCCCUUAAAUUCUCAACAGUGGCUGCAGGGAGCAUAGUCUCCCCUGAAUGACCGAGUCUUAUCAACUCCUUCCCUUAGCCCCUUUUUCUUAGUCCUUUUUCCCAUUAAUACUCUCUCCUUCCUACCUGCCUCGCUCGUCCUUCCUACCUGCCUCGCUCGUAUUCCCUGCCAACCCUCUCACUUCCGGGCCAGGCUGGUUGGUUUGCCAUCCCGUCACUGGAACAUGUACAUAGUGUUGAGACCAUAUUGGUAUCACUGACCUGUCUUUACAUACCUUUUGUAUAUUGCUUCAGAUACCAUUCUUUAAAUUGUCUUAUUAUUAUCUUAUUAUUGCUAGUUUUAAGCCAUACUUUAAGUUCUAGUGUAAUUAGUAAGUACAGUGCAUUAAAUUUACUCUUUUAGUGAA